AUGGCCCACAGCUGCACGCAGUUCGUCCACCGCUGGGGACCGCCCACUUGGACCCAAGCCGGCUCCAAGAGGGGCAAGAGGCCAAGGGUCCAGCGGAGGCCUCGGGCUCGAGUCCCAGGUGACAUCCCUGCGUCACAUCUGCACCCAGCACCAGCCUCACAGCCCGGCCCCUGCCCUGCACCAGGCCACUGCCCUGUUGGCCCAGCCCAUGAGAGGCCAAUGGGGAGCAGCCAGGAGGAGGGACUCCUGUGUCAGCCAAGCCAGCCAGACCACCACGCACGUGGGCACUGUGGGCCGGACCUGGAGGGGGCAGAAAGAGCCUCUGCCACGCCCGGACCCCCUGGGCUCCUGACCAGCCACCCGCCUGCAGACUCAGAUGACACAAGCGCCGCUGGGCCCUCAGCUGCCCUCCUGGAGGGGCUCCUGCCUGGCGGGGGGAAGCCAUCGCCCCACAGCACCCGGCCGGGGCCCUUCUUCUACAUUGGAGGCAGCAACGGGGCCACAAUUAUCAGCUCCUACUGCAAAAGCAAGGGCUGGCAGCGCAUCCAGGACAGCCGCCGGGACGACUACACGCUGAAGUGGUGUGAGGUCAAGAGCCGAGACAGCUACGGCAGCUUCCGGGAAGGGGAGCAGCUGCUGUACCAGCUUCCCAACAACAAGCUCCUCACCACCAAGAUCGGGCUGCUCAGCACCCUUCGGGGACGGGCACGGGCCAUGAGCAAGGCCAGCAAGGCGCCGGGGGGGGCCCAGGCCAGGUUGGAAAAGGACGCAGCAGUGCCCACCCUGGAGGACCUCCCGUGGACCAGCCCAGGACACCUCAGGCCACAGAGGGUCCUGAGAAUGGAAGAAUUUUUCCCAGAGACCUACCGCCUGGACCUCAAACACGAGAGAGAGGCCUUUUUCACCUUGUUUGAUGAAACCCAGAUAUGGAUCUGCAAGCCCACAGCCUCCAACCAGGGCAAAGGCAUCUUCCUGCUCCGGAACCGGGAGGAAGUUGCCGCCCUGCAGGCCAAGACCCGAAGCAUGGAGGACGACCCCAUCCACCACAAGACGCCGUUCCGGGGACCUCAGGCGCGGGUGGUGCAGAGGUACAUCCAGAACCCGCUGCUCCUGGACGGGAGAAAGUUUGACGUGCGCUCCUACCUGCUCAUCGCCUGCACCACACCCUACAUGAUCUUCUUCGGCCAUGGCUAUGCCCGCCUCACCCUUAGCCUCUACGACCCGCAUUCCAGCGACCUCAGCGGCCACUUGACCAACCAGUUCAUGCAGAAGAAGAGUCCUCUGUACAUGCUGCUGAAGGAGGGCACGGUGUGGAGCAUGGAACGCCUCAACCGCCACAUCAAUGACACGUUCUGGAAGGCCCGGGGCCUCCCCAAGGACUGGGUCUUCACCACCCUCACGAAGCGGAUGCAGCAGAUCAUGGCCCACUGCUUUCUGGCCGCCAAGCCCAAGCUGGACUGCAAGCUGGGUUACUUUGACCUCAUUGGCUGUGACUUCCUGAUCGAUGACAACUUCAAGGUAUGGCUGCUGGAGAUGAAUUCUAACCCAGCCCUGCACACCAACUGCGAGGUCUUGAAGGAGGUCAUCCCAGGUGUGGUCAUCGAGACCCUGGACCUGGUGCUCGAGACCUUCCAGAAGAGCCUGCGCGGCCAGAAGAUGCUGCCUCUGCUGUCCCAGCGCCGCUUCGUGCUCCUGCACAAUGGUGAGGCUGACCUGUGGCCGCGCCUGGGGAGCUCCUGCAGCCUCCGCCGCCAGCUGCCCCCGCCGACCCGCCAGGCCAAGUCCUCCGGGCCACCCACGCCGCAUGCCCCAGACCAGCCAGGCGCCCGCAGGCCUGCGCCACCUCCCUUGGUGCUGCAGCGUCCCCGGCCGCCCGGCCCCGACCUGGACAGCACCCACGAUGGGGAGCCCCAGGCCCCGGGCACGGAGCAGUCGGGCGCAGGCGACAGGCACCCAGCGCAAGAGCCUUCCCCGGGGACAGCCAAGGAGGAACGCGAGGAGCCCGAGAACGCAAGGUCCUAGGGGCGGCCACCCACGCCCCACACCCCGCGCCCUAUGCCCCGUACCCCGCGCCCCACGCCCCAGCCGCGCUGCCUGCCCUCAGGGACCUAUAAAGCCUACUUUGUUACAAA